UUCCUGCAACCACCAUCUCCCCCUGAUCCGCCACACCCGCGCGACCCUCGCAUUUCCGCGUCCUCGCGUCGUUUGCCUUGCCCACCCCGCGCACGCCCGCCGUGCCCAUUCUGGUAUCGCCACACUUCUGUUUGCGCGCCUGCGGUACCGCGUUCGCUACAUUCGACGCGUCUGAGAAGGCUAUAUUUAGCGGACACUCGCGUUUUUGAGAUAUGCCGUCGCCGAAGAAGCCCAAGUCUGCCGGAGGAAAAUCGAAGUCUGCGGCGCCGCCGUCGACUGCUGGUGCUGGUGGGGACGCGCCUGCCCAACCCUCGCAGCAGCAGAGGGUGUUGCACACGCGUAGUCAAAAGGCCGGACUGCAGUUCCCUGUUGGUCGUAUACACCGUUACCUGAAGCAGCGAACGCAGCACAACGUUCGCAUAGGGGCGAAGGCGGCCGUGUACACCUCUGCAAUCCUGGAGUACCUAACGGCUGAAGUCUUGGAGCUCGCAGGAAAUGCCUCCAAGGAUUUGCGCGUGAAGCGUAUUACCCCUCGCCACCUUCAGCUCGCCAUUCGCGGCGACGAAGAGCUUGAUAUGCUCGUUCGCGCGACCAUCGCAGGAGGAGGUGUUCUUCCGUUCAUCCACAAGAGCCUGACUGCGGGCAAGCAGAAGAAGGCGGCGGAGGGCGCGCAAUAAAUCCCCCUGCCUGCCGUUUCGUUCUUGCGCGUUCCCAAGCCACCGUUGAGCGCUGCCGAGUCGAUGCUUCAUAUGCUUUGCUGUGUAGUUGUAUCGCUGUAUGAUUGAUGGCUUCGUAUGUUUAGUAUGAAUGAUAUGCUUAUUGCUUGUUC